AUGGCAGAAGAAUGGAUUACUAAAUAGAUUGAUAAAUACAUUAUUGUGAAUUAGAAGCUGGGAAGUGGGGCAUUUGGAACAGUGUAUAGGGGAUUUAAAAAAAAUGAUGAAACGAAGCAGGUUGCUGUAAAGGCAAUAUCGAUUGCUAGUAUCAAAGACUCAGCCAAGAUGGUAGAACACAUUAAAAGAGAGAUAUCUAUUUUGUAAUAGGCCAAUAAUCCUCAUAUCGUUAAAUUGUACGACGUGGCCAGAACACCACACUAUUUGUAUCUAUUUUUGGAGUAUUGUCACGACGGGGAUUUGAAGAAAUACUUAUCAACAAAAUAUGGCAGGAGAUUAAGUGAAGUUGAGGCAGUCAUCUUUUUGAAACAUUUAGUUGAAGGAUUCCGAACACUCCAUUAACUCAAAAUAAUACACAGAGAUAUCAAACCCGCUAAUAUAUUGCUGCAUAAAGGUGUUGCUAAAAUUACUGAUUUUGGAUUCGCUCGAGUGAUUGACACUGGAAUGAAUGGUAAAAUAAGUAUGGGAUCUCCCUUAUAUAUGGCACCUUAAAUCUUGGAGGGGUAACCGUUUUCUUCCAAAUGCGAUGUCUGGUCAAUGGGAGUGAUGCUAUAUGAAAUGCUUUACGGAAAACCUCCUUGGGACGGAGACAAUCAAUACAAUUUGUUACAGAAUAUCAAGAAAACCGCCUUACUUAUUCCAGAAGCUCCAGUCAGGAGUGAUAAAAUUAAGCAAUUGCUAAAACAUAUGUUGGUCGUUCAAGAGAAAGAUAGGUAUUCCUGGGAAUAAAUCUUCAAUCACGAAAUCAUACAGAUUUAGGAAGCUUAGAUAAAGAAUAAUUUGGAGUAGUUGAUGAAGGAGAAGGACGAGUUAUCGCGUUCUGAGAGUCUCAAUAAAUUGUACUUGGAAAUGAAUCUGGUGGUGGGUUAUUUAGAUCAACCUGAAUAGAUUCUUUAAGAACCAUCAACUCCUCAAUUAACACAAGGGAAUGAGGAAAAACAAUCUGUUGAUGAUAUCAAUCACGAGAAAGGGUUAAAAAUUAUUAAUUAAUAUGAGACUGAAUAAAAACGUAGAAAAGCGAUGUUAAAAUAUAACACUUACUUUUUGUUUGAAAGAAAUAUUGCUUUCUUCUUCAAUUAUGUGAUCUAAAAAAUCAUCAAGAUGUCACAUUAAGGAAUACUUAAAUUGACUCAAGAAUUAUACUAUUCAACAAUUUUUUGUAUCUCCAAAAAUCAAAAUGUCCACCUCAAAAGAAUGUAUGACUAAUUAAUGUCCACCAAUCCUGAUAAAUUUGAUAGGGAUACCUGGGGUAGGUACUUAAUCAGUCAAGAAUAUAAGAAAAUAUUAACUGUCACCAAAAAUGACAUUAAACAUACAGAGGAUUUCUAUUUGGAAAUUUAUAAGAAGGAAAAGCAAAUCAUUGACAAAGAACUUACUUAACCUGAUAAUAAAAGAGCAUCCAAAAUUAAGUAAGUCUUGGAUGUUAACUUUGAUCAAAAUACUUUCUUCUAAUAACUUUAUCAAUCAGUCGUGCAAGAAAGCUUAGACGUCAUUAAAUCUUCUAUUAAAUAAACUAAAGACUCUGAUCCUGUAUAUAAAGAUUUACUCUAAUUGGGAUGGUUUCUUGUGAUCUGUUUGAAUCCGUACUUAGAAUUUAAAGACAUUAAUAUGGAUUUUAAUUAAUUUUAUGAAGAAAUGCAAACACUCACAGAAGCAUAAUUUUUAGAAAAAAUUGGUAAACGUCUUGAUCUAUGA